ACUAUGUCUGUCACGCUCGCCCCGGUACCCGGUUUCUGCAUCAAGUCCUCCUCUCUCACCCAAUGCGCCUACCCCCUGCGCCCACUGUCCAAUCACAUCGCCCUCUCACCGCCCCCAGCCACCCUCCCCAUCCCAAAGUCCCGCAAAGUGUUCGUCAACAUCGCCUUUGACCCAAACGUCCCCGCGCCCCCGCCCGGCAGCCAUGCCGCCAUCGACCGAGCCAUGGCCGCCCUCGCUGGCCCCGCCCCGCCAGACGCUGACGCCGACGACUACUUUGUCCCCCUCAUCGUCUCCGACCCCAGGCAGGAUGUCGAUAAAGGCAAGUCCUCGUCAACCGGAAAAUCUGCCGUAGUCUUCGAUGCGAUAUUCAACUCAUCGCUCAAAUCCAAAGCGCUAAAGUCACUAGAAUUCAAAGCAUUUCUCAUCGAACUCGCAUUGCAGCGCAUAGAAUUCCAAUCUGCCCCGCCAAAUUCGCCUCCGACUGCUCAACCACCACUCCUCCUCUCCCGCCAGUUCGGCACACCGAACAUUGCAUCCAAGGGGAAGCUGCAGCCGCGCACAGUACACAUCCCAAAGGCACUCUACUCUGACCAAGGCGACAGCGUGAGUGGUAAGGACAACCAGGAAGCCCCGAAGAAGGCUCUAGUGCAAGAGCUGUCCUCGGAUGGGAAAGACGAACACCCUGCGUGGAGUUGGGAGCUCGAGCAGGGCUCGGGCAGGGUCAAGGUUGUCGUGCGGGUGCCGAGGAUGACGCGCGAAAUAAUACCGACCGCCACGCUCGACGUCGAGCCUCACCGUAUCGAGUUGCGUGUGCCGGGGAUGUACAGCCUAGAUGUCGACUUCGCGUCAGAGGACUUGGGAGGUAAGUUGGACAGGGAAUUGGACGUAGACGGAGCUACUGCAGAGUGGAGGGUCUCGGAGGGAUUAUUGGCAAUAUACGCGUGAAACAUGCAUAUCCCGGCGUAACUGUCCACAUUGUCGAUGGCUUGUAUCGUGUUUGUAACAUGUUGCCUAGCGAGACGUUUCUUGGCAUAGGGUUGCUUUCAUAAUACCUAACCGCAAUAAACUUCGAGCAUGGCUGG